AUGGUUUAUUGCUAUUUGCAAAAACAGCAUUGCCUCAAAGCUGCUGAAACGUUUUGUGAUGAGUACAAACUUGCAAACGGUUAUGACUUGAGGCAAGAGUGUGAAUGCGAGCCGUGCGUUGUAAAGAUGCAACUUUCGGAAGAGAUGAAAGCGAAGGCGAGUAGUACAUUUUCGAACAUGAUGAUGAAAUUGGAAGAUGUGCUGAAAGAUGUCAGACUAAUAAUGCUGCUAAUGAAUGACGUUGUUUCGUCCGAAGAUCAGAUAGCGAUCAAGAAGCCGGUAUGUACAGUCAGUGGUACCGGCGGUACCAUGGAUUUAUGCCGGCAGAUCUUUGUGGACACGACGUUCAAAGAGAAAGUUAGAAAUGACAGUUCAUCGUCCGUCCCAUCGCUGGAUGCGAAUUGCAAUUGGUACCGAUUCGUGGACGAGGCAAUUAUCAACAGUACCUUUCCUGAUCAAAUGGCGGAUAUGAUCAACGCAAACAUAACAACGCAUAACACUCCGUACCCGGCCGUGGAAGAUGCCGUCGAUGAUGUUAUGUUUUUGAUGCAGAAGAAAGGAAUGUUGGAUAGCGUUGAAACUGCAGAAGAGUCGUUGAAGGCGAUACAAGCAGCGACCUUCAGUGAUCUCAACCAGGACAAUGGCCACAUUAUUCCUGCUUUGCCUGAUUCAUUACUGGAUGACACCUCUUGUUACUUUGAAAAUCUCACGCCGGACGACUCAAACAAUGAUUGCUGCAUUACCCCUGUUCGUGGAUCUCUGUAUGUCGAGGGUAGCAGUAUUUGCAUACCUCCAUUAUCCACUCCCAAGACUGAAAAAUCGAAAUCGAGUGCGCUGCCUGUAAAUAAAGGAGACGUAAGUCCAUUUAAUUUGGUUUGUGUUUGUUUGUUUGUUGUAUUCAUUGAGAGUAUCAUCUUAAGCUAUUUUUAUAAGUAG